AUCGGGAUCAUCAUCCGCGACACACACCCAGCGCUGGCCGCCGCCGCACCGGAGAUCACGGAGACCGGCUUCAGCCGCGGUCAGCACGGACGGAAGUGGAGCUCGAGGGCACGUCGCGUCUGGAUCCGAUGACGUUGUUCGGGAUGCGGAGGCUGCAGUGACGGGAGAGACGGACAGAGAGAUCGGGGAAGAGGAAUAUCCCCCUUCCCGAGAGUCCCGGUGUGUCUGGAUUACCUUUAGCUGAACGAGCAGACACAAAGCUUUAGGUUAGUCUGGAGAACGUGAGCACGAGCAGAAUCAUCCAGGUUUGGUGUCUCUCAGGGCCGCUCUGGAACACGCUGCCUCGUGACCCCUCGUUGACCCCUCGCUGACCCUUCACUGACCUCCAGCGUCUUCUCCGACCCGCGGCCCGUCAUGGCAGCGGCCAAACCCAAAGGACAGAACUCGCUGGCUCUCCAUAAGGUGAUCAUGGUGGGGAGCGGCGGUGUGGGAAAGUCCGCUUUAACUCUGCAGUUCAUGUACGACGAGUUUGUGGAGGACUACGAGCCCACGAAGGCUGACAGCUACAGGAAGAAGGUGGUUCUGGACGGCGAGGAGGUCCAGAUAGACAUCCUGGACACGGCCGGGCAGGAGGACUACGCUGCUAUCCGGGAUAACUACUUCCGCAGCGGCGAGGGCUUCCUCUGCGUCUUCUCCAUCACAGAACUGGAGUCGUUUGCAGCGACUGCUGAUUUCAGAGAGCAGAUCCUGCGGGUGAAGGAGGACGAGAACGUCCCUUUCCUGCUGGUGGGGAACAAGUCUGAUCUGGAGGACAGGAGACAGGUGAGCGCCGAUGAAGCCAAGGCCCGAGCCGAUCAGUGGGGUGUGUGUUACGUGGAGACGUCUGCUAAGACCCGCGCCAACGUGGACAAGGUUUUCUUCGACCUCAUGAGGGAAAUUCGGGCGAGGAAGAUGGAGGACAGCAAGGAAAAGAACGGAAAAAAGAAGAGAAAAAGCCUGGCCAAACGAAUCCGUGAAAGAUGUUGCAUUUUAUAGUGUUUGUGAUCAUGUCCUCCUCCUUUUGCAUAUGUACCUGUUCGUUCUAUAUUUUUGCCAACUAAUCCUCACCUGCGACGUUUCCUGGUGUGUGUGUGUGUGUGUGUGUGUGUGUGUCUGUAGAUGAAGGCCCAGGACAUAGAUUCAUGCAGUAGUGUCAAAUCAGUAAAGUGGUCUGAAAGCACAGGACACUAUUGGUCUAAGUGGACUUCCUGUGAAAGAGCUUUUAUUUACUUUCCUUCAUGUCAGGUGUGUUUAAUGAGUUCCCUUCUUUUAUAACGGACACCUUUCUACCUGGUUCUACAUCGAUCUUCGCUCCGGGUUCAGAAAGGGUUUUUUUCUGCUCCCCAAGGCUGCAUUCAUUUGAUUGUGAAAUAUUAUUACAAUCAAUACCAGUUGUUUUCUCUGCGAAUGCGUGUAAAAGAGUCAUUUAUUUCAGUGAUUUUCAGCAUCAUUCCUCCAGUCUUCAGAAAUCAGAAUUAUUGUGCCGUCGCAUUUUUGUGGAAACCAUUACAUAUUUUAUUUUUCAGGAUUCACUGAUUAAUAGAAAGAAACACUUUUUUUUUGUCUUUACUGACACUUUUGAUCAAUUUAAUGCAUCCUUGAUGCAAAAAAAGUACUGAUUUCUUUAAAAAAAAAUAAUAAUAAUAAUCUGAAGCAAGGCUACGUUUGGUUCACCUAAAAAACGGUCUUCUUUAGAAAGGUCUGCGUGAUUUAUUACUUUAAUGUUGGAUGACUCAACUUAUUCAAAUUGCAUAACACUUUAUUGACUCGAGGAAUCUUGAAAAACUGAAAACACGAGCGGAGCUGAUUAGCAAGCUUUCUGGGAAUAUAUAUAUAUAUAUCUAUAUAGAUACGAGCUUCACGGGAAAUGCACUGUUAGAAACCCAUAGUGGCUGAGCACGUAGUAAUCGUCAGGCAUAUAAACUGCAGAACACUAACAAGAGAUGAGCCGCUCGUCGGACGCAGUGGGCAAACAGGAAGUUCCUCCGGCUGCAGCGCUCUUCCUGGAGUCCGGUCCCUUUAGUGUCCGACGAUGACGGCGAAUUAGUUGUUGUGCGGAGAACGAUGACAAUCUUACGCUUCUCAGAUGUGAUGUGAAAACCCCAAAGGCAUGGAUCUGGACGGCUUGCGCGCUCCGGGCUGAACCCUUCUCACGUCUAUCCAUCCAUCUUUCUUUUUCUUUUUUUCUCAUCCUGCUUUUCUGCUUUUUUAUAUAUGUACUGUUAACGUGAACGCUUGUUUCAGCCAUUUCCAAAAAAAAUAAAUACAAUUUUCUAAUUUAAAUGUGCUUUAUUAUUCACAAGAAUGUGACUCCUCUGUACUGUAUGGAAGGCCGUUUUCGCCAUAAAAAAAUAAAAAGAUAAUUCUGACUUAUUAUCUUA